CUUUAAACUCUCAAAUUUGGGGGUUUACUCAAAAUUGAAAUCCUUUCUCUCUUUAGUAAUGGAAGACAAACCUGAAGAAGAAGAACUUGAACCUCUCUUUCAUUACAGCCGUGUCCAACCUAGCACCAAUUACAUCUCACUCGAUGAUGAGGGUUCAGAUUGUGAACAUGUUUUCAAGUUAUCGCCGAAACGAAGAAAAAAACUAGUUUCAGAUGAAUGUUUAAGUGAUGAAAAGAAGGUUGAAGUGAAAAAUGUGAUUGAUUUAGAUGACAAUGAAGAUGAUUGGUUGUUACCUCCACCACCAGUUGUUUCAAAAUCUAAGGCGGAACUAGAAAAUUCUACUAUAAAGCAAUUGAGGUUGAAGAAACAGGAGUUAGCAUCAUUUGCUCUAUCAGCUGGAGAAGUUUUGGAAGCUGUAGAAGAUUCAGCUAAGAAGGAACUUAGCAGUUCAGGUACUGAUGCUAAAACUGAGCAACCACCAAAGGUGCGUGAUGAAAGAGCAAAGAUUAUAAUUUCUAUCCAGGACAAAGACGGAGCCAAGCAAUUUAAAGUUUAUGUGGACGAAAAGUUUGAGAAAUUCUUUAAGCAGUAUGCUGACAAAGUAAAGCGUGAUAUACAAAGCUUGGCCUUUUGUUUUGACGGUGAUAAAAUUAGUCCUGCUGAAACCCCUGCAAGCCUAGGUAUGGAAGAUGAUGACAUUAUUGAAGUCCACACAGUAAGUCAAGCUGCCCAGGGUAAAAAGAAAAAGCCUUAGCAUCUCAUUUCUGGUUCCAACUUCUUUUGCCCUGUGAUUUGGAACGUGCAAGCGUAUAGCUGACUGAUUCAUUGUCUCAUUUUGUUAAUGAAUGUAGUUUUUUGGGGACAAUGUUUAUAACUCACUGUUUAAUACUACUUUGAAAAGAAGUGUGAAAUAGUAUUAUAUACAGGUCUUUGUUUUUUCA